AUGAAAGGAAGAUCCGACAACUAUGUUUUGGGCCUUUUAGUUUUUUUCAGUCUUGGUUGGAAAUUGCAAGGAGAUGACAAACACAAAAAAGGGCGAGCAACUAUAGAGGAUAGUGAUAGCCGUGGCCCAUGUUGUGGCCAAAAUUUCAGUUUGGUGGGAAGGACGGCAAUGAUGUUUUUGCAGGAAAGGAAUCGGAACCAAAAAUCACAAUAUUCCAACUGGCAUCCUACGGUGAAAUGGGCCCAGAUGUCAGAUGUAGUCUUCAUAACUUUUGAGCUUCCUGAUGCACAGGAUGUGAAGCUUAAACAGGAGCCUGUAGGAAAAUUUUUCUUCCCUGACACCAUUGGAGUGGACAAGAUUCCCUAUGAAGUUGACAUGGCUCUGCAUGACCAAAUUGUUGUUGAUGAAAGCAAGGCUAGUGUUGGCAAGAGAAAUAUCUGUUACCUCGUGAAAAAGGCUGAGAACAAGUGGUGGAGCAGAUUGCUGAAACAGGAGGGGAAACCUCCUGUGUUUUGGAAAGUUGAUUGGGACCGAUGGGUUGAUGAAGGUGAGGAGGAUCAAGACAAUGCCAUUGCUCUUGAUAUGAACUUUGGUGACUUUGACUUUUCUAAGCUGAACAUGGGUGGUGGUGAAGGCUUUUGUGCGGCCGAAGGUGAGGACGAUGAUGACAGUGAUACGGAAGAGGAAAAUGUGGAAGAACUACCACCUUUGAAGAAAGACUGA